AUUUCAUACGACAUUACUUCCGAGAAAAGGGAAAUUCUCAAAUUCAUUCUAUCGGAAUAAUACAUAACUAAAUACGUAUAUAACAAUUGGAUUUAAUAAAGAUAUUAGUAAUAUUGUGUGUUACCAUGUCGUGGAGAAUAACGGAAGCCAAUGAUAGCUUUUUGACAUGUUCAUCACUAACACGUGAAGAAACCACAGAACAACCAGGUGGGCCAGCACCAACCCCAACCGAUAAAACACUGACUCGAAUUAUUUCAACAAUAAAUCAUGAAAAUUUGGAUUAUUUCCAAGAAUCAUUUAAUAAAUGUCAAUUAACCAUAGAAGAUAUUCUUGAAAUUCUUGAACAUCUUACAUCAUCACGGUUAAAAUAUCAAAGAAAUUAA